AUGCAGCAUGCGCUGCGAGCCGUCAGCAACUACAAAUCUUCAGCGACGCAGGCCUUGAUCUUUCCUGUGCUGGUGUGGCUGUCUGUCUGCGCCGCAAGAGGAGCUGGCUUGGAUGUAAGUCACUGGCUUACAGCCGGCGCACGUCAGCUGCCAUCUAAGUCUCGUUGGUACGUUUUUGCCUUGUUCGGAUCGCAGAGCCGAGACAUGUGCCCUAUGCCGGCAAACACUAGCUUCCUGAUGAAGGUUCAUCACUACGUUGUGACUUUGGCUUGCCUGCUUUCCCUCUUGGCGCCGAAGGGGUUUGGACUCUUCAUUGCUGGCACCUUCAUUCUGGAGCUGGGGUCAAUGUUCUACAACCUCAGGGUGCUGUAUCCAGGCCACAGACUGAUAGAAGUGGUGUACCAGGUAACCAUGCCGGCAUCAAACAUUGCUGCCUUGGCUGGAGGCUUGCUCUUCUUGAAGAUGCAAGAAGUUCCUUUGUGGAUGAGGGUUCUCUAUUUCGCAGCCGAUGUCGGAGUUUGUAUAGGUCGGCAACGUCAUGCGUUGAAGGAUGCUGGCCUGAUUGGACCGCGGAAGUGUCUGCCUCAUAGUGACUUUGUACAACUCGGCUCAAAGCAAGGGUCAGGGCUGCUCUCAAGACUCUGGAGCGUUUCCGGAAUCCUGGCGGCGCGGCCUGUGGAGACCCAUGGUUCGUUGACUGACGAUGACUUCUCUCAGAAUCCUACUCGCGGCAAUAGGGAGUCGGGGUGCGAGUUGCAAAACCUGGGUGCUGACGCUCCGAGCGCCGUCCAGCUGGCUGAAGCCAAUCACCUGCUGCGAAGAGCCAGUCUCCAGAAGGAAUUACCUCCUUGUGUUGAUGAUGUGGAUCAAGUGGCCUGGAAGGGCCACAUCUACCGCACGCUCUACGGUGCGAAAGUCGAAGGAGAGACUCCCACCAGUUGCGAAGAGACUUCGUAUCAGGAGAUGCCUGAGAACUACAGCCUUGCUCCAGACGAGGUUAGCAUCGUGUCCCAUGUCAUCGCUGCGCACAAGUGGGGCAUCUACCGAGUUUGCCUCGAAACCGGGUGCUACGGGACGAAGCAUGCCAAGACUGGUGAAGUUGGGGAGCAGCUGAACAACGGCCAGUUUUGGGAGAUGGAUGCUGGCAAGUACAAAGUCAAAGAAGCUUGCGCCGGAGAAAACUACCACCGACUUCUCGUGCGUCAACAAUGUCAGGUGGCGCUUGAUGGCUUUAAGAAGUUUGCCUAUUCCACGGGCAUUGGAACCACUGCAUAUUCGGAGAUACCGCGAUUUGCCAACGAAGGUUCUUAUUCAGAGAUUCUCCAAGCAGCAAAGGAUGCAUGCAAGACUGAUGCAGACUGCGCAGCGUUUGAGAUCAUGCGGACCUUCAGUCUGGACAAAAAUCCUGCAUUCAGAGACUGGGGUCAAACCUGGGCAGACAAGAUCGAUGCUUCCGACGGUGGGUGGCUCGUAUACAAGCUUCACAAGCGCGACGCCGGCUCAGACUUCAGCAUGCACGAUACAGAGGAGCUCGACUGGUACGCGUCGAAUCGCGACGAGGACAUCUACAACUACCAGGCAACACCGCUGCGUUGCAGCUGGAAGACCAACUUCACCUGUGGUUUCGGUCCUCGUAUCAACAUCGCAGUUUCUACAACGGCAAACUCGAAGGAGGACUGCGAGGCUCACUGCCAGACCAGCCAAGUCGCGGAGCCCGUCCGAGGAUGCUGCUCUUACUCGCAGGGUCAAUGCAAGUAUGGCGAGGGUGCUCAACUGGACUCCCUUCAGCCUGGAACAAGCUCAGCGGACUGCUGGCCGGAGAUCGUACCAACAACGACAUCGACUACAACAACUACGACCACCACGACGACAACGACGACCACAAUGGAGACGUCUACGACGACCACAACAACCACCGUAACAACGACAACAGUCACCACGACCAGCACCUCAACAACUACAAGCACGACCACCACCACAACAACAACCUCCACGUCGACCACCACAACAACGAGCACAAGCACAUCAACAACAACGACGACUACCACAACAACAAGCACAAGCACCACCACCAGCACAACCACUACGACCACCACGACUACAUCCACGACAACCACCACUACUACGACCACGACUACCACGACGACUACCCCAUGGAUAUCCGGCAUUUCGCCAUCCUGUAUUACGGUGAACAAGGUUACUGAAAUUACCUUCUAUGGAGGUGAUCCUGGUGACAAGGUGAGAUUCGAGGUGGACUGCGACUCCGUCUCUGAUGACAACUUCACAGUAUUGCAAGAUGGGCGAGAGGGAGCAACGGCCGAGUUCUCUCCCAAGGAAAAGGGAGAUGGCUUUCUAUUGUGCUACAAGCGCGGCCACGAAGAAGUUCAUGGUGAGCAUCACUUGACGCUGGAUGUGAAGGGUCCAACUGGUACUGGCCACAUCUCGUCGAUAAGUCCGACUUUGGUGAAAAAGUCCGAAGCGGCGGAAAUACAGCUGGAAGGUCCUGAGAAGACAAAGGGCAGAGUGUGCUUCGCCCCAAGCUGCGCAUUGUGUCCGCAGCUCUAUGAUGGCACAGAGUAUCCAACAGUGGAAAUUCCCGGCACAGUGAGCUUUGUGAAGGAGGCCAACAAGCUACACCUUGUGGCUCCUCAGAAUGACAGCAACGUCUAUAAAGUUUGCUACCAAGAAGAAGAGAGCUGUGAGUGGGCCGAGCAAUCCGGUGGUCUCAAGAUCCGUUUUGAUCCACACAUCAAGGGCAUCGACCAAAGAUGCAUCGGAGCGAACAGGGAUGCCACCAUCAAAUUUGAAGGCGCCUGGCCGCGCGAUCGGGUCCAAUUUGCUCCCAGCUGCGACAGUAUCACGGAGCCAAAGGAAGAACUGCAUGGUGAGAACAAGCGAGCAAUGUGGUAUGCAGGUGAAGCUCUUGAUGGUCUCAAGCUGUGCUACAAGCCAGACACUUCAGAUGCAGUGUCGGGAUACAAGGCAAGUGUCCAGGAGCAGGAUGACAUCCUGCUCUACAUUAAAAAGGUCACGCUCAAAAACAUCAUCACAUCGCUCCUGGCAGCAAUGGGAUUUGUAGGACCUUGUGUCCGCGAAGUGUGA